CCGGCCAGGAGAAAGGGCUGCCGCCGUAUAUAACAAGUUUGGGCGCCCGCCGCGCACCUCACAUCACAUACAUCACGCGUGCUAACACCAUGUCAUUCGCACAAAAACUCAGCUUGGCAAUGUUGCUGCUGUGCUCAGCAGUGAAUGCAGAGGCUCCGAAGAAGCGGACAGUGGUAUCAUCCCCAUCCGGUUACGAACCCUACACCUCCGACGGCUCCAACUUCAACGGCCGUUUCGCGUCCUCCGCAGGUUUCGCGUCACCCUCUUACGCUGGAUACGCUUCCCCCUCCUUCUCCUACGCACCUGCCGGCUACGCAAGUCCUGCAGCCUACAAGGCCUUCACCCCCUCCAUCCCCUACACUGAGAACACCUUCAGACCUUCCUCGUACUCGGCAGCACCCUCGGUCGCCUACACCAGCAACCCUGUCCAGGCCUCCUACAGACCGGCCGCCGCCACUUACACGUCCCUGCCAGGGUACGCCAACAACCUGGCCGGCCUUUCUGCGUACAGCAACGGUGCCCAGUUCUCCGCAGGUCUCAACCCUGGCAUUUUCAACCUGGCCGGUCUUAACUCGUACUCUGGAGUCUCCGGACUCGAAGGGUACGGAGGUUUCGGUGCCUACAACCCUUCGGACGCCCUGGGCGCCUACCCUGCUGGAUUCAGACAACAGCAACAGGCCUACCCUCAGCAGGUGGUUUAUGCCCAACAGGGCUCUGCCUACCCCCAACAGGGUUCUGCCUAUCGCCAACAGGAUUCUGCCUAUCUCCAGCAAGGUGCUGCGUUUCCCCAGCAGGCGUACCAGCAGUCCUUCUCCUCACCUUUGUCCUACAGCGCCUCUGCCCCUCUCCAGCAGCGGCUAGUCGCCCAGGCCUCCUCCAACAAGGUCGGACCUGCCACCUUCGGCGCCCACGGAGGUCAACCUACCUCCGCGGCCUCUUCUGUCACCAACGGAGGAUACGGAUUCAUCAGGCCCAACUCUAAUUAAUUUUAUAUUUAUUUGUCUGAAACUUUUAAUUUAAUCUUAAUUUUAUUUGUCACCCUUUGAAAUCUUUCGACUUUUGCUUUGAAUUUGGCUCUGUCUAAGUGUAAGAAUUUCCCGUUUUUUAUAAAGAGAAACGAGGAUAAUUGUUAGUAGACCAGCCUUUAAAAAGCUCUCAUCGUUCAUACGCAUGGCCAUCUAAUUGUACCAUCUGUCUCAUAUUGUAAAUUUCAUUUUUCUCAUCAUCACGGCACGACUGCUUUUUAAUUUAAUUAAUCGCCUGUAACUUAAUUACUGAAUCGCUCUCCCUCGAGAGCAAUUUUUUGUAAUAAUAAAAACGAGCGCUGUAAGCUGCAAAGA